AUGGGUUCCAGAUUACGAGAUACCGUGCGCUUCCUAUUUGAAUUAUUCUGUGAAGUAUCCCCCGGUGAUCAUGUGAGAGAUCCAUAUAUUCUAAGGAAAUAUCCCGAUUCAUAUAAAAAUGAAGAAGAAUUGAAAAAUGUACCUAAGUUUACAUUCCCAUGUCAAUUGGAAAACACAUUUGUUCAACAUUACUCAUUUGUGAUGACAUCUGUAGACUCCAAAUAUACAUUUUGUUUCUGCCGAUAUGAUCCCAAAGCGAACACAGCACUUGUGCUACUAUCACACUUGCCCUGGCAUGAUAUAUUUUACAAAUUAUUAAAUUGCAUAGCGAAUUUACUAAAUAGUACCGAGAGGGGUGAACUGACGUCGUUUUUAGAAGCAUGCCGGAUAAGACCCCCUAUGCCGGGACAUACACUAAAAGUGACAUAUAAUGCGGGACACAGUGUAUUCUCAUGCCAGAGUCCGGAUAACAAAUUGCCAAGUAUACCGGAGAAUUGCAAUCUAACGGAAUACUUCAGUGCAAUGGAUGCUAGAUGUAUGGCGGGUCUAUGGGCGGCACUUCUUCAUGAAAGGAGGAUAGCUAUAGUGGCAACGAAACCCUCAAGACUCUCGGCUUGUGUACAAGCGGCCAACGCCACGCUAUUUCCUAUGUCUUGGCAACAUAUAUUCAUACCGAUCCUACCAAAACACCUUGUAGACUACCUUCUAGCUCCCAUGCCGUUUCUCAUUGGAGUCCCUAGAAGUGUUAUGGAGACCGUACGGAUGUCUGAAGUAGGUGACGUUGUUGUAUUAGAUGCGGACGCUAACGAGCUGAGAUCUCCCUUUCAUGAUUUAGAAAGUCUUCCGCAGGACAUGGUAGCAAGUCUGAAGAAGGCACUGAGCGAUAAGAACGCGUUAGGUGACGCCGUGUCAAGAGCUUUCCUAAGGGCUCUGGUGUGUUUGAUCGGUGGUUAUAGAGAUGCCAUUAGAAUCGAAAAAGGACAACUAAUAACGUUCAAUCCAGAAGCGUUUGUGAGAACAAGGAAAAACAUGCAAUCGUUCCUAAGAAAAAUACUCCAAUCUCAAAUAUUUCAGCAGUUUAUAGAUGAGAGGCUCGAUCUCUUGAACUCUGGUCGAGGUUUCAACGAUGAGUUCGAAGUAGAAUGCAAUAACUAUGCGGAGAGACUCAAUACAGGAAGCGGUCAAAAGCUAAAACAACAGUACAGAGAUUGGGCUAAAACUGUCAAAAAAGAAGGUGGUGCCUUCUUUAAGAACGUUAAAGAUAAGGCGAACCCCGCAGUACAAUCGGCUGUUAAAUCGGUCCGACAAGGAGGAAAAAAUAUGAAGUCGGCUGUGAAAGGGCUUAAGAACAAAAUGCCUAAAACUGGCUCGAGGCCUUCCUCGAUAAACACUACGGAUGACAGCAGGUUCUCAUGUGGCUCAGCUACCCCGGUCUCCUCUGACUCGUCGGAUUCCCGCGACCCUCCCCCCGAACCUCCCGUGCUCCCCCUAGAUCUUCUAACCGAAAUGGAGUUCCUAUUCAACAAACGUGACAGCCUUCCAAGCACACACAACUCAAUCAGUCUGCCAGAUAAAGCUAAAACACUGUCACCAUGUCCCCCACCCAAAUUACCCGAACGUCCCGCCCGUUACCCAAUAGUUUGUACGAGGAAAUUAAUUGAUCUCUCCGAUGCUCCCCUACCUCCCCCGAGAACGAUACAACCACCACCAACAAACUUUACAAGUAACAUCACCAAGGACUCGAACGUCCCAAUCGACUUCCAUACGAGCGUUAUACGAUUCGCCGAUAACGAUAAGGCAAAAUUAAAAUUGACACUGUCGUCGAACCAAAGGAAAUCAAACCAAAACCAAUCCUGUAACGGCUCAACCAACAGGCCUAAGGUUCCAGAACGACCUAGACAAAUCUACAAAGCCAGAAACCAAGAGUCCUCCGAAUCUGAUCUCAUUCAACUGGACGACUCGCCGACAGCCCUAGAAGUGUUCGAUCCUCUCAAAUAUCGCGAUAAAAAUGAGAAGGAAAAAAUUAAAACUUCCACGGACAGUGCUUUAUUGCACGAAUACGGUUUAGAUUUUAGCCAGUUCGGUCUAUCUGAUUUUACAGCUGGGUCUAGCGCUCAAGAAACUUCCGCUGUUCCUAAAGGAUGGACCACAUUCAAC